AUGCAGAGACAACAAUACCCUCCCCCGCCUCCUAGGAGUCAGCAGAGUGGCUAUUAUGCUUCGUCACCUGUCUCGUCUAUCAGCUCUACAUCAACGACUGCUCCGCGACCACCGUCAGAACCUGGCUGUGGCUCUGCACCUCACCGCGGCCCGCCAGGCAAUGGACUCAAGAUAUCCAACCUUCUCUACACUUCAGCUCCGCAUAACCAGCAUAUGUCUAUGGGCAAUGCAUAUCAUCCGCAAUAUGAUUACUCGCAGAUGCAACAUGGAGAGAGACCUGGCUUGUUGCUUAGCCCCCUCCAUAAUGGCUCGAUUUCGGAUGCUUCCAGCUCUGCAAGCCACAUUUCUCCUGCCGUUCCUCAGCAAUCGCACAAGCGCGCAUAUAGACAGCGACGGAAGGAUCCUAGUUGUGAUGCAUGUCGCGAAAGGAAAGUAAAGUGCGAUGCUUCAGACUCGUCGAGUUAUCUUGAGAGGCAGCUCGCUCAGGCGAAGCUUCAACUGCAACAGUUGCGCUCUGGUGCACCAAAAGCUGCCAGUCUCAUGGGAUCCGAUUCCGAUAUGAACGAAGAUAUGCCGGCAAUUCCAGAGAUAGGCUCUCAACCUGCUCGCCUUCACACCCCAAACGUUAAUUAUGACUUCUCUCGAGUAUGCUCGAAAAUGCGAGUCUAUGGAGACGGCCUUCUUCAUUUCCCGCAAACCCCGUAUUUUCUACGACCGCAGCCUGUUCUGGAUGCAGAUGUGCCCCCGCUUCCGCCAACAAAUAUCGCACAUGUUUUGAUGCGACAUUAUUUCUCUUGUGUCCAUUGUCUGUACCCAGUUCUCCACUGGCCUACCAUUUUACAUGUUUACGAGAGAGUCCAUCAGACAGGGACCCUACAAGGUGUCUCGAGGGGUUGGGCUGCUGUCUUUUUUGCCCUGUUGGGCUGUGGGUCUCUGCAUUCCCUUGAUCGAGACUUAAUUGCCAAAGGUAAGGAAUAUAUCAAAACCAGUAUGGGCUUGAUCGACCUUUGGCAAAAUACGUUCUCGAUUGAGCAAGCUCGCGGCGCAAUGCUAGUGAGCAUCUACUUGUCUGAACUAAACAUCAACUCUGUCAGCUGGGUAUGGCUUGGUGCGGCAGUACGGAUUGCUCAGGACCUUGGUUUCCACAUGGAGUCAGGCCCAUGGGAACCGAUGGAUGGUGAAAUGCGGAAACGCGUAUGGUGGUCCAUUUACUCGUGGGAGAGAUUGAGUGCUUUAGAACUUGGCCGCCCACUCGCAAUUAUUGACGAGGACUGUGAUAUUUCACUUCCAUCCUCAAUCGAAGAGCAACUUAUCCAAGAAGGGACUCCGGCCCCAGAUCAGAAAUCAAACCCCUUACUCGUUAUAGUCCACAUAAUGCGCUGCGUUUCGCAACUUACGAAAGCUCUCAAAAGUUUGGUUAUAUCGAGUGAUACCCUGGAGCUAUUUGAUCGGCAUUUCCGGGCUUGUUUAAACAGCUUCCCGGCGGAUUAUCACAUGCAGUCAAAUCAAUACUUGGAUCCACGAUCGCUUUCCCCUGUUAUUAUUCUCCAGAACACCAGGUUAGUUCUACACCGCCAUAACCUCUCUCCCGGAUGUCCACCGGAGAUCCGGAAUAUCGCCAUGGAUCAUUGUUUGGCAGUUGCUCGCGAUACCACCGGGAUUUUGACCAGAUGCAUGCGCUCGCCAACCUCUGGAGAACCUGGAGCUCCCUCAAAAGUCAACGGCGAUGACUGGCGCUAUUUAUUAGCUGCAGCCGCCACUUCCGUGAUUUGCAAGCAUAUUUGGCGAUGCAUUCUGCUACUGUUAUGCAGAGCCGAUUAUGCUGCUGCACUAGUAUGCAUACAAGCCUGUUCUGCAAUCGGAGAUGCUAGAGCAGUGAACAUUGCUUCGGGCCGGUACAUCACUUUCUUCUUGAAGUUUCUACUUGAAAAGCAGCAGAAAGAAGGCUCCUUCAACUUUGUGGAUGAUGAGGAACUUAUGGCCUACGUGUCGGGCGAUCUGCAAAGUUCCAUGGAUACCUCAUGGGUCUGGAGGUCAACCUGCUCCAACCCGUCCUUAGAUAUAGGGGCCAAGCCACCAUCUAGCACGCUAGUCACAUCGAGCCCACCAUUAAAGACGGAGUCUGCGGACACCGCUCGAGCAGACGGUGCCGAAACUGAUGACCAAGCACAAGAAUGGGAAGGAUGGGGCUGGGUUGAGAUGGUAACGCAGCGCUUGUUAGCUGAGCAGCAACAGCAGAACACUGCUAUUUCUCCUAACGGUCUAGACAAUCCCCGUCUUGAUCGCCCAGUCCCUAAUGGCGUUAACGCCUCUUGCCGCUCUCCCGAGACGGCCUCCAGCCCAUGUCAAAAGAGCAACAUCUCCAAGAUGACAAUCGCGAAUAUUAUAUGA